CUCAUGCAUUUAAGCGGGCUGACAUAGCUCCAAACAUCCCAUUAGCCGAGAAAUGACCUGAUUCCAGCUCCGUCGGUGCUUUUGGAGUCAAUUGACGUCGAAUCGAAAAACCGCGCCCGAAGCAAACCGCCCAAUUAGACCAAUCUCCCCUCUCCGAAACACAAGCAAAAGACAAAAACUAUGAUCGCCUCACGUGUGGCCCCUCGCGUGGCCCGUCAGCUCCGGGCCCCGGCCCAGCGCCGCCUGAUGAGCUCUGCCAACGCCGGCGAGAACUCGUUCGUCCGCGAGCGCGAGGCUGUCCGUGAGCACGCCAUCCACUCUACUGCUCUGUGGAAGAAGAUCUCCCUCACCGUCGUCCCCAUCUCUCUCGUUGCCGCCGGUGCCAACGCCUGGUACCUGUGGAACGAGCACUGGGAGCACUGGUCCCACUUGCCUCCUUUGGAGGAGCGUACCGAGUACCCUUACCAGAACAUCCGCACCAAGAACUACCAAUGGGGUGACGGUGACAAGACCAUCUUCUGGAACGACAAGGUCAACUACCACAACAAGGACAAAUAAGCUCAUCACUUCAAUGCUGAUGGCAUGAUGUGAGGUUAAUAUAAAUGAUAAGUUUAUCUGCAACGCUCGCGUCACAUUGGUUGGUAGUGGAGGUGAAAGGAAGAUGAAAGCGUCAGGGGCCGAUAUCUCUAUAGAGUGGAGGGCAUUCACUGUGUGAGGGUAGACAAGACUUUUUUUGUUACAAGGCAAAGUCGUUAUUUUUGACUGAUGCCCCAUCUGGCUUGAAUAUGUUCUCUCAAAAAGACUGCAAGUCGCAAAGUUCCCUUUGUUGAAUUCAUUUCAAAAAAAAUCCCAAGCCCCGUGCCAAGUUGGUAGCUGUCAUCCUAAUCAAAGGUUUUUGUGCUCGACAGUAAAAGGGGAAGCUGUGAAUUGGGGUUGACGUGAAAAGAAGGGGUGGGAGACUCCCACUUAAUCGUUAAAAUCCGGACCGUGCAUGAUUCGGCGGCUAUUUUGGCCGGCUGCUUGCUGACUGCAAAUCGCGGAGACAUUUCGAUUUCUUGGCAUCGGGAUGGUCCAGCCCGUGGUGUCAUUGAAGGGGUUUUGUUUUUGCGGGCGGCUGUUCUUAGCUGCACCCCAAUCCCCCAUGACGGUGUAAUAUUGUUCCUUGUCUUAC